ACCCUAAAGCAAGCAUGUGGCCCAUUAGCAAUUAUCGUUCACUCUCGAAUCCACCGUAUAAAAUUCCAAUUCCAAACCCUAAAUAGCCAUCGCCGUUGUCAUCCCUCUUCGCAGUCCUCGCCGCUGCUCUUCUUCACGUGCAUCUCCGAGAGUUGAAGAAAAUGAGUCGAGGUGUUGCAGCUGGAGCCAAGGGGAAGAAGAAGGCGGUGACCUUCACCAUUGACUGUGCAAAGCCAGUGGAGGAUAAGAUCAUGGACAUUGCUUCACUUGAGAAGUUCCUUCAGGAGAGGAUCAAGGUUGGUGGUAAGGCUGGUGCUCUUGGUGAUGUUGUCUCCAUUGCUCGUGACAAGAACAAGAUCUCUGUUACCUCUGACAGCAACUUCUCCAAGAGGUACUUGAAGUACUUGACCAAGAAGUACUUGAAGAAACACAACGUUAGAGACUGGCUCAGAGUGAUUGCUUCAAACAAAGAUAGAAGUGUUUAUGAACUGAGGUACUUCAACAUCGCUGAGAACGAAGGGGAGGAAGAAGAUUAAUUGUUUAACCAGCUUAUUUAUUUUAAGAACUUUGUUUACCAUUUUUCCUAGGGCUACUUUCCCUUUUGGCAAGUAUUGCUUGAGAUACAAUGUUUUGUUUAGAUCUGUUGCAAUUUCACAGUUUUGAUUGUCAUUGAUGUUGAAUUGGGAAUAGAGUUUGCAUAUUAUUCUGUGUUGUUUCCACCUUAAA